AUGAGAAAGAAUGGAGUGGAAGAAGAAGAUAUUGGUUUCGAAGAGGAUUUACUUCGAAAUCCAUAUUCAUUGCGAAGCUGGAUAAGGUACAUCGAACAUAAGAAGAAAUCGAAGAAAUCUAACGCGAAACGUAUAAAUAUCGUUUAUGAAAGGGCUUUAAAAGAACUUCCGGGCAGUUAUAAGCUUUGGUAUAGUUAUCUUCGUUUUCGUCGAAGUCAAGUUUCAGACAAAUGUCCUGUCGAUCCAUCGUAUGAACAUGUCAAUAAUGCUUAUGAACGGGCUUUGGUUUUCAUGCAUAAGAUGCCCCGUAUUUGGAUAGACUUUUGUGAAUUUUUGACUUUGCAAGGCUAUAUCACUAAAACUCGCAUUGCUUUUGAUAGAGCUUUACGUGCAUUACCCAUUACGCAGCACGAGCGUAUAUGGCCAUUAUACAUCAAAUUUAUUAUAAAACACAACAUCCCUGAAACUGCUAUCCGUGUUUAUCGGCGUUGUCUGAAGGUGUUUCCAAAAUAUCGCGAAGAUUUUAUUGCAUACUUAUACAAGGUAGAUCGUCUCAAUGAUGCUGCUAUGGAGUUAAUUGUCUUAGUUAAUGAUGAUAAAGUCGUGUCGGAACAUGGAAAAACUUCCCACCAGCUGUGGAUUGAACUUUGUGAAUUAAUUUCGAGAAAUCCUACGAAAAUUUUUUCUUUAAACGUUGAUGCUAUUAUACGGCAAGGAAUACAGCGAUACAGUGAUCAAAUCGGAAUUCUAUGGUGUUCACUGGCUGAAUAUUAUAUACGUUCAGGGCAUUUUGAAAGGGCUCGCGAUAUUUAUGAAGAAGCGAUCGUUACAGUAAAGACAGUUCGAGAUUUUACUCAAAUUUUUGAUGCUUAUGCUAAAUUCGUCGAACGUGAAGUUGCUACUAAAAUGGAUAUGCUUAGUACUUCUUCCGACGAUGAACUUGAACUUGAGCUGAAUUUUGCGAGGUUUGAAUAUCUUAUGGAUCGAAGACCAAUGUUACUGAAUAGUGUUCUACUUAGACAAAAUCCUCAUAAUGCUCGUGAGUGGUUGAAUCGAGUGCAUUUAUAUGAAGGUAACAAAUCAAAGCAGAUGGAAACCUAUGAGGAGGCUGUUAAAACAGUGGAUCCAAAAUUAAGGACAAGCAAACUUUCUGAUAUUUGGAUUAGUUUUGCGAAAUUUUACGAAAAUGACCACGAUAUCAGUAAUGCUCGAAUUAUAUUUGAAAGAGGAUUGCAAAGUGAUUACAUUGAUGUUGCUGAUCUUGCUUCAGUCUGGUGUGAAUAUGUCGAAUUCGAAUUAGAGUUGAUGGAAGUAAGAAAACUACUGCGAAGAGCUACAGCAAUACCACCUCGUCGGGGACAUUAUUUUGACGAAAAUGAACCAGCACAAAAUCGUGUUUACAAGUCUCUUAAAAUAUGGUCUUUGUAUGCUGACGUUGAAGAGGCCACUGGAACUUUUGAAUCAUGUAAAGCCGUAUAUGAGCGAAUGAUUGAUUUGCAAAUUGUUACACCCCAAAUUAUCCUAAAUUUUGCUAAUUUUCUUGAGGAAAAUAAUUAUUUCGAACAUUCUUUUAAGGCGUACGAAAAAGGUAUAGCAUUAUUCAAAUGGCCUAUCGUUGGCGAAAUAUGGUCUCUGUAUUUGGUUAAAUUUAUUAAGCGAUACGGUGCUAAGAAGUUAGAACGAGCCAGAGAUCUAUUUGAACAGUGUUUAGAAGCAUGUCCACCGAAAUUCGCGAUGAAAUUCUAUCUUCUUUACGCAAUGUUGGAGGAGGAACACGGUUCACCUCGUCGUGCGAUGAAUAUUUACAAUCGAGCAACGACUGCUGUUGAAAAGCAUGAAAUUUAUAAGAUUUUCAAUAUUUAUAUCAAAAGAGCAACAAGCUUGUUUGGUAUGACAUCGACAAGACCCAUAUUUGAGCGUGCAAUUGAAAUAUUGCCUGAAGAUGAAUCAAGGGAAAUGAGUAUGCGAUACGCUCAAUUGGAACAAAAAUUAGGCGAAAUAGAUCGAGCGAGAGCGAUUUAUGCUCAUUGCAGUGAAAUAUGUGAUCCACGAGAUCAAUUUUGGGAAGUAUGGAAAAAAUUUGAAAUGGAGCAUGGAAAUGAAGAAACUGUGAGGGAAAUGUUGCGUGUUAAGCGAUCAGUACGUGCAACUUACAAUACUAGUGUGAAUAUUAUGAGUGCACAAAUGUUGGCAACAACUGGUGACAGCAUGGCCAAAUUGGAAGCACAAGCGCAAAAACUUGCCGAAUCAGUUGGUGCUAAAACAUCGAUUUCUGGAGGUAAUAUACGUUUUGUCCGUGGAGAGAGCAAAACUGUAGAGGAAAACGUAACAGAAAAUCCUGAUGAAAUAAAUAUUGACGAUGAUAUAGGAGAGGAAAACAACAUAAUGGGUUAG